GGCGGCGACUCCGUUGCUGGGAGCCCGGCGGCGUCCGCACCCCGGGAGGGCACGCGCCCCUCCACGGGCGACCGGAGCGCUGGGCCCGCAGCCCCCGGAGUUGCCCAAGACCCCGGGUGACUCCUCCCCGGGGACCCUCCCCCUCUGGGGCGCGUCAUUCUCCCCACCCCUGGGUCCCGAUCCGGGCGUCUUCUCGCGUGCGAGCCACGCCGGGACACGUCGCGGUCACCUGCUCGGAGCCGGGGAGCGCGGGUCCGCCCGGGGCCCCAUGGAGCUGCGGGUCGGCAACUCCAGCUGCGAGAACGGUUCCCUGGUCAGCCUUUACUGCUCCUCCCAAGAAGUCCUGUGCCAGAUCAUCGGUGGCCUCCACCCCGAGGUGCCCAGCAAUGCCACCUCUACCAGCUGGCAGGAGAGAAUCAGGCAGAACUACGGCUUCUACAUUGGCCUGGGCCUGGCCUUCCUGUCCACCUUCCUCAUUGGCAGCAGCGUCAUCCUCAAGAAGAAAGGCCUCCUGCGACUUGUGGCCACGGGGGCCACUCGGGCUGUGGCUGCUGGAGAAGUUGCCAACUUCGGGGCCUAUGCAUUUGCACCUGCGACAGUUGUGACACCUCUGGGAGCGCUGAGCGUCCUCAUAAGUGCAAUCCUCUCCUCGUAUUUCCUGGGAGAGAGUCUGAACCUGCUGGGGAAGCUGGGCUGCAUGAUCUGUGUGGCCGGCAGCACAGUGAUGGUGAUCCACGCCCCUGAGGAAGAGAAAGUCACCACCGUCAUGGAGUUGGCUUCCAAGAUGAAAGACACAGGGUUCAUCGUGUUUGCUGUGCUCCUGCUGGUGUCCUGUCUCAUCCUCAUCUUUGUCAUCGCCCCACGUUAUGGGCAAAGGAAUAUCCUCAUUUACAUCAUCAUCUGCUCCGUGAUCGGGGCCUUCUCCGUGACCGCCGUCAAGGGUCUGGGCAUCACCAUUAGGAACUUCUUCCAGGGGUUGCCCGUCGUGCGGCACCCCCUCCCCUACAUCCUGUCCCUCAUCCUGGCACUUACCCUCAGCACUCAGGUCAACUUCCUCAACAGGGCACUGGACAUCUUUAAUACCUCCCUGGUGUUCCCCAUCUACUACGUGUUCUUCACCACGGUGGUCCUGACCUCUUCCAUCAUCCUCUUCAAGGAGUGGUACAGCAUGUCUGCCAUGGACAUUGUGGGCACCCUCUCUGGCUUUGUCACCAUUAUCCUGGGGGUGUUCAUGCUUCAUGCUUUCAAAGACCUGGAUGUUGGCCGGACCAGCUUGCCCCACAUGCACAAAAACCCAACCCCAGCUCCCGCCCCACAGCCCACUGUCAUUAGACUGGAAGACAAGAACGUCCUCGUGGACAACAUAGAACUUGCUGGCACCCCUUCACCAGAAGAGAAGCCCAAAGUAUUUAUAAUCCAUUCUUAAAGCUUGGAACGACUGAGGGAGGGGAUGAGCCCACGGGUGCAGCCUGACCUCUCAGUUUCAAAACUAUCUGGUUAUUUUCAGCAUCACUUGUUACCAGUGGGCUCUCUUUUCUUGAGAUGUUUGUUUAUACCUCAUCA